AUGACAACUGGUCGGGUGGUUUUUCCAGGCCCAACGAGUGCGGAGGUGGUUGCGCAAGUCUUGGAAGCCGUGUCGGCGAAAGUGGGCUCUGCGGCGAAGGUGGGUCACGGGGGAACCCUGGACCCCUUUGCCACGGGCGUGCUGGUCCUCGGCCUUGGACUUGGCACUCGCAUGCUGCAGCGGUUUCUGCAUGGAGGAAAGGAAUACGUGGCCACCAUCAAGAUGGGAUCAGAAACGAAUACGCAGGAUGGUAGCGGCUCGGUGCUUCGAACAGCAGCCUUUGAUGAUGUUCAACGAAGUUCCCUCGAGGAGGCUUUGGCGGGCUUCCGCGGCACCAUCCGCCAGGUGGCAUUCAGUGCGCAGGUGGAUGCGGUGGAUGCAGCGGCGCUGCAACAGCUUCUGCCGUUGAGUGACGAGAAGGGCGGCGCUGAAGCUCGCGAACGGAUGUUUAAGGAAUUCGUGGUCCGCUCCAACUGCUUGGUUCAAAUGGGCGAAAGUGUGGCUACGAAGGAAGAGGACCUGGAGGAGCCACGCGGCUUGCCAGCAGGCGUGGACAAGGAGAUUUUGAAAGAAGCUCCAGAUGCACAUUUUCAUUCACCAACAGCUGGAGAUGAAGUGACGGUGCACUAUGUCGGCACCUUGCAGGAUGGUCAAGAAUUCGAUUCCUCGCGCUCGAGGAGUAAAGCCUUCACCUUUACACUCGGUCAAGGUCAAGUGAUCCCUGGGUGGGACUUGGGGGUGGCAUCCAUGCGCAAAGGUGAGGUGGCAAAAUUCACCCUGGCGCCAGAGUUUGCCUAUGGCGAUGCAGGUUCACCUCCCAAAAUUCCCGAGAAAGCCACGCUGAUCUUCGAGAUUGAGCUGUUGGAUUUCGUCUCAAAGGACGACCUCUUUCGGGAUGGCGGGGUGGUGAAGGUUGUGCAGAAGGAGGGCAGUGGUUGGAAGGUGCCCAAGAACAAGAGUGAACAAAGGAUUUCACUGAAAAUAUGCAAGGCAGAUGGAUGCCUCCUUGAAGACAAGGGUUCCUUUGACUUUCUGAUGGGUUCAGAGGCCUUGGGCCCCUUGACAAAAGCAGUGGAGAAAGCGCUGCUGAACAUGAAGAAGGGGGAGGAAUGCAAACUGAUCUGCCGGAAGGACUACGCAUAUGGCGAACAAGAUCUGUUGCUGCUCUUGGGUCUGGAAGAGCUCUAUGAGAUCCAGGAUGUCUCGUUGGCGAAGGAUAAGUCGAUGAUGAAGAAACAAAUCAAGGAGGGUGAAGGGUAUGAGAAGCCCAAGGAAUGCUGGAAGGUCUUCUUGAAAGUGGAAGCUGCCACAGAUGGAAAGUCGACUCUGCCGGGUUUCCUGCCCAAGACCUUGGAGUUUGUGGCGGGUGAUGGGUGUUGCUGUGAUGCCCUGGAAUGCGCUAGCUUCGAGAUGAAGCGCGGAGAGCGCUGCCAGGUUACCAGUGGGGCCCAGUGGUGUCGCGAGCCACAGCUGGGCUUGGAGGCGUUGGAGGCGUUGGCGGUACCCGAGGUGGUCUUCACCCUUGAACUGGUGAACUUUGAGAAGGUGAAAGACACUUGGGACAUGUCGGAAGAGGAAAAGAUCGAUUUUGCCAACGCCCGGAAGGAUGUGGGUGCCAGGCUUUUUAAGGAAGGCCGAUAUUCGAUGGCCAUGGAACGGUACAAGAAGAUCGUGGACCUCUUUAACUAUGUCGACAGCUACAAGGAAGAAGACAACAAGGUGAAAGCAAAGGAGUUAAAGAAGGUGUGCAAGCUGAACAGAGCCGCCUGCCAGUUGAAAGUGAAUCUAUUUGCCGAGGCAAAAGCUUCCUGUGACACCGUGCUGAAGGACGAUUCCCACAACGUGAAGGCCUUGUUUCGCCGGGCCCAAGCCCAGUUUGGCUUGAAAAUGUUGCUGGAGUGCGCCCAGGAUGUGAAGAAGGUACUGGAUCUUGAGCCCAACAACAGGGAAGCACGAGCUCUGGCGAAGGAAGUUGCAAAGGCUCAAAAGGAAGAGGAUCAGAAAUCCAAAGGUUUGUUUGGAAAAAUGUGCCAGGCAUUGGGCACGGGGCCAAUCAGAGAGCCCUUUGUAGAUAGGAGAUUCGAUUUUGAUGCUGAAGAGAGGCUUCAAAAGGAAGCUGAGACGUAG